AUGGAGUUCUCGCAUGGGCCGAGCCAGGCGUCGUGUCAGAUGCCUGAAGGACCGAGAGGAAUUAUGCCCUCGCCGACAACCCUGGCAAUUCCCGUGGGAUUGUGGGACGAGUGGACUCCGCGUCUGGUAAAGUCUCCGAGUCACAGUGCGCUUCUAGCCCACCGGCUGUCAAUGUCGCUUUGGUCCUUCGACAAGAUCCUCAUCGGCAGUCUGUUCUUGACCCCUGGGCUGGUUGAGGAGACGCGAGAGGAAUCCGAGCGAAACAACAUUGUCAAUCAACAUAGAUACCCAGGCCAUCUCGGAGCGCGGUCCUCAAUGGACGGGGUGGCCUUGCGCCGGUCUGGUUGUCAGGGGUGCGAAUGCAAUGGAUGA